AUGUCUUUGAGUACCCUCCGCACCGGCCUCGCGGCCUUGGUGCUUGCCCACGGCAUCAGAGCGGCCCCGACUCCCGAGCUCGAUCUCAACACUAUCCCUCCUCCUGCGGUAAACCUGACUGCCGUCACGGAUCUGGCCAGCUACAGCGACUUCACCGUCUAUGACAAUUGCGACUGCAACAAGAACAACGGUAACGAAUACCGCAAUAAGCUCAACUGCGAUACCAAAGUAGCCGACUACCGCAAGUCCGUCUACGUUGACGGUCUGGCUGCCGCCUUCGGUGGCUUUCAGGACAAGCACGGCAAGUUCGAGUGCGGUGGCCAGUACUUUGGCAUCCUCUUCAAGGGCUGCUACGACCUUGAGAAGAAGUACAACGGCCGCAUCCGCUGCCUCCGCCCCGUUCCCCCCGGAUGGAUCGAGAAGCACGGUGGCAAGGGCUACGGUGGUGGCGGCUAUGGCGGGUAUGACGGCAACAACUAUGGUGGUGGUCGAGGCUACGGCGCUGGCUACUCACCUUCCGGCUAUGAUUCGGAGGGUUACUGCGACCAAAAUAGCCACAACUAUGAUAACUGCGAUGGCCGCCAGAGGGGCUAUGGUGGUCAGGGCGGGUACGGUGGCGGUUACGGCGGCUAUGGCGGUGGCCACGGCAAUAACUACGGACCUGGUGGUAACUAUGGUGGCCGGGUUAACAACUAUGGUGGGCUCGGCAACUACGGCGGACACGGUGACAACUACGGGAACGGCAACAACUAUGGUGGUCACGGUUCCGGUUACGGCGGUUACGGCUCCGGUUAUGGCGGCUAUGGUGGCGCCCACAACAGCCAUGGCAACUACGACGGCUACGGCAAUGGUUUCGGCAACAACUACGGUGGCCAUGGCUCUGUUUAUGGCGGCAAUGACGGCUAUGGCAACAAGUACGACGGUCACAACUCUGGCUAUGGUCACGAUGGUCACAGGUUCGGCCAAGGCGGCUACGGUGGUGUCUCUCACGGUUCUGGCUAUGGUGGCCCUGACGGCAACAACUACGGUGGGCACGGCUCUGGAUAUGGUGCUCAUGAGUCUGGCUACGGUGGCCCUGGCUAUGGUAACGAAGGGCACAAGUAUGGUCAUGAUGGGAACAAGCACGGUCAUGAUGGGAACAAGUAUGGACACGAUGGGCAAAACUAUGGUGGCCACCAGUCUGGAUAUGGCGGCCCUGGUUAUGGCAACGAAGGGCACAAGUCUGCCCACAACGGCUAUGGCGGUCCUGGCUACGGUAAUGAAGGGCACAAGUCUGGUCACAAUGGCUAUGGCGGCCCUGGCUACAAUGGCUACAAUGGCUACAAUGGCUACAAUGGCUACAAUGGCUACAAUGGCUACAACGGCAAGGGCAACUACAUCGCCGAGGUCAAGCCCGAGGACCUCGUCGCCGUGGUCGAGAACCAGCCCUCAGCUGUUGUCGAGGCCACCCUCGAGUCCACCACCACCGCGUCGGCAUAG